CAGCUCUGCUUACGCUUGCGACGCCAAUGGAAAGACGUAGCGGCAUUGUCGAGCUUAGAAUGAACCAGGAACAAUCCUGUUUCGUGUGUGGCACAGACAACGGCAUCAGUGUGUUUAACUUGGAUCCUCUGAUGAGAAAGACAAGAGUUGAUUUCGAUGAAGUUGGUUCGGUCAGUCGAGUCGAGAUGCUUCACAGAACAAACAUCAUUGCUUUCAUCGGAGGAGGACAGGCACCAAAAUUUGGCAACAAGCAAGUUUUGGUGUGGGAUGAUGUGAAGAAGAAGGUUGUUCUUCAGUUUACGUUUGAAGCUCCGGUGAAGUCGGUGCGUCUCACACUAGACAGGCUUGUUGCAGUGUUGGAACACAAACUCUACAUUUACAGCUUUCCGAAUUCACCGAGAUUGUUGAAGACAAUAGAUCGUGUUGGAAAUACAUUAGGUUUGUGUGAGAUUAGCAUGAGUCACAGCAAACAAUUAAUGGCUUUUCCAGGUUUCCAACCUGGCCAGUUGGAAAUUAUGGAUCUCAGAACAAUCGAUUCCCAUCAUGCUACUGCUUCCUCUACCAUCAUUGCUGCUCACAAAACUUCCAUUAGCUUCAUAACUUUUAAUCGCAAAGGCACCAGAGUGGCAACCGCAUCAAUCAAAGGCACUUUGAUACGAGUGUUUAGCACAACGACAAAGGAGUUGGAGACCGAGUUACGCAGAGGAUCAGACACUGCAUUGUUUUACAGCAUUUCGUUUAGUAAUGACGAUGAGUAUCUUUGUGCGAGCAGCGACAAAGGGACGAUUCACAUAUUUGCGCUUAAAGAUCGGGCACUGAAUAAGAGAUCGACGUUUAGGGCAGUCGGUUUCAUUGCUCCAUAUGUCGACUCUCAGUGGGGUCUCGCCCAAUUCUCAGUCCCACCAGAAAGCAAAUGCUUAUGCGGAUUCACAGCAAAGAAUUCAGUCUACGCUAUCUGUGCAAACGGGACGUUCCAUCAGUACAAGUUUACCAAGUCGGGCAGUUGCAGUCGCGAAUCGUUCGACGUGUUCACGGACAUCGGAUUCGAUCAAGACCUCGACAUCUAAAUGUAAACUAGUAGGAUACCGAGACGUACAUGUAUACAGUAGACCUAUACAAACGUAGACUAUAAAUUAAUUACCAGAUUACUCUAUUUUAUCACAUUAAUAUCAAUCUCCAUUUUAUGCAAAUUACUUCAA